GCAAACGACAAGAAGAUUUUAUCCUUUUUUUUCCAGCCAUAGAAUAUAACACCAAAGAUUGAAGGCAUCAUUUGCGCACACGAAAAUAUUUCAAUUUCCCAAUGCGUUUGUUUUCGGCGUUCUAUUUGGGUUUUGCCCUUCUUUCGUUUAUUGUCAUCUUCGGAAACAACGUGGAUGCAGCUGAAUUGCCUCUGAGAAUUUUCAGUCAACUCGGUGGUGAGUGGAAAGUGGAGGUGACCUCGCCUUGUACAUUUUUCACUGACGGGAAUGUGUCCUUUUCGAAUCAGUCUGCUUCGCUUAAAUGGAAGGAUGCCAAGGUUAACAAUCUCGUUACACGAAUUACCAGCGGUAAGGAGGGCGUGGAUACGCUUAGCCUAGAUGGCCUCAAUCCAUUCCUCGUCAAUGGGAAGCGAAGUGUUUCUUAUAAGAUUUGUGAAUUUCAAAAAAAUCAGCUUGAAACAUUAUCUCGCCCACUUUACGGACUAGACAUGAUGGCUACCGAGCUAACGCAGUAUUCGGGUGUCAUGGAUGGCAACUGCGACCUUGCGAACAAGCGAACUAUUUUCAUUCGGACUUUGGGUAUUCCGGUUGAGGGUAAGAAAGUUAACGCUCUCAAGCAAAAAGAUGCACUUCAGUAUGUUGAGGUGCUAGUGGAUAUUCAAAAAUUGCCAAACACAUGCUUCGUUGCACCCGCCGAAGGGGCGGAGGGGAAUAAGCCCCGCAGAGUGAAGCGCCGGGGCCUGCGCACUGGUUCAAUUGAGUCUGAUUCAGUAGAUGAGUUGAGUAAAAAUGGUCUUGUAUCGAUUCGGUUCUCGAAAAAAUCACCUCCUCGACGUACCUUUUUUGAGAAGUAUAAAACUUCAUUUACAUUUAUGAUAGUGUUCUUAGGGUUUAGGUUAGUCAAUAAGGUCGUCCAGCGUAAGUUUUCCGGUAAAUAACUGGAGUCAGUUUAAUUAGCUAGGUUGGUUUCCCACCCAUUCUUCUGUUAUCGAAUAUAAUAUUAACACUAAUAUCUCAAAUAAUGAGUGAAUUGUUUGGCGUAAUACUAUUCGUA